GACUGAACGCAGCAUUGACUCACAGUCAAGAAGAACGGAGGCUGCAGAACAGCAGCAUUGUCUCCUUCAAAAUGUCAUUUCAGUUGGUAUUCCUUUUGUUCCUGUUUCUGCAUGAAGUAUACCCAGAAACACAGAGGAGUAAUGAGCUUCACGUUGUGACAUUUCCAUCGUCGUCUGCAGCAGGCUUGAGGAGGCAGAAGAGAGACUGGGUCCUUCCACCUCUCAGUGUUUCUGAAAAUGAACAGGGCCCAUUCCCCAAAGCUGUGGCGUGGAUAAAGUCCACCAGAGCCAAGGCAAUUACAGUUUACUACAGCAUAACAGGGCCUGGAGCAGAUGCACCCCCAGAAGGGCUUUUCACAAUUACAAAGAUUGGUGGAGGACUGUAUGUGACCCAGCCCUUGGAUCGGGAGUCUCAAGCUCAAUAUAUUGUCAUGUCACAUGCUGUUGACAUUAAUGGUAGAACAAUUGAGGAUCCUAUGGAGCUCAUAAUUAAAGUUACUGAUCAAAAUGAUAACAGACCAGAGUUCACGAUGAACACCUUUCUUGGCAAUAUAAGCGAGGGAUCAGCAGUAGGAGCUGUAGUUAUGAAGGUGACAGCUACAGAUAAAGAUGACCCCACGAUGGACAAUGGUGUAAUUGGGUAUUCCAUCCUAAACCAAGAACCUAAAGAACCCCACUCCCCCAUGUUUUCCAUUAACAAGUUUGGAACCAUCAGUCUGGUUGCAAAUGGGCUGGAUAGAGAGGCAGUAGCUGAAUAUAAAUUGAUCAUCCAGGCUGCAGAUAUGGAUGGUAAGGGUCUCUCAACCACUGCCACAGCUAUCAUCACUGUAACAGAUCAGAAUGACCAAGCUCCACAGUUUAAAACUGCACAGGAAACUGUUUCACUGCCAGAAAAUGAAGUGGGUGUAUUGGUGAUGAAAUUAGCUGUGACAGAUCUGGAUGUGCCCCAUACACCAGCCUGGAAUGCCAAAUACACAAUUGUCAGAGGGAACACUGGAAAUGUCUUCAAUAUCACCACAGAACCCAGCAGCAAUGAUGGAAUUCUCAGAACAGCCAAGGGCCUUGAUUAUGAGACAACAAGGCAAUACACGCUGUUUGUGACGGUUGAAAAUGAAGAGCCAUUUACCAGUAUUCUACCAACAGCCACAGCUACCAUUACAGUUAAUGUAGAAGAUGUCAGUGAGGCUCCCAUUUUUAAUCCACUGGUAAAGAGCGUUGUAGUUGAAGAGAACUUGCCUAUUGGAAGUACUGUAGCAGUAUACACUGCAAUAGAUCCAGACAAAGAGAUGAAGCAGACUGUAACAUAUCGUAUGGGGAACGAUCCUGCAGGAUGGCUGGAAAUCAAUAAUAAUGGAGUGAUCAAAGCUAAACAACCUAUGGAUAGAGAGUCUAUAUUUGUCAAAGAUGAUACAUAUACUGCAAUGUUUCUGGCAUUGGACAAUGCUAGCCCACCAGCCACAGGCACAGGAACUCUUGUGGUGGAAUUGACAGAUGUGAAUGACAAUAGUCCUGAAAUAGUUGAAAGAGAAGUAAGAUUUUGUAACAAGGAAACAGUGCCCCAAAUACUGAAUGUUGUAGACAGAGACACUCCGAUCUAUGCUGGUCCUUUUAAGGUACAAGUCCUGCGGGACGAGGAGAAAAACUGGACUGCCACCAUGAAUGAUAAAGGAGAACACAUUAUUCUCACAAUGGCCAAGGAGCUAAAGCACAAUGGAUAUCUUCUUUUAUUGAGAGUGUUUGAUACUGAUAACAAAUACCAAGAUAUUAGCAUUAAGGUGAUGGUGUGUAACUGCAAAGGAGAUGAAUUCUCUCUAUAUGCACAGUGUCCUUACUAAGUUUUGCUCAGCAGAGUGGACUCACUCCACAUGUUACUCCAAGUUUACUUUUUAGUCGACCUGUAUUAUAUAUUAAUAAAAAAAACACUUUAAAUAAA